CUGAUAAAACGAAGUUUUUUUUUUUUUGCAGCAACGCCACAGUCAUUAUUAACGAUACCUCAGUAUUGGCAUCCGUUGUUACACAUUGCUGCUGCUCGUCAAAGUCAACUUUCAAAUUAUACAAAUGCAUUUCUGUCAUCAAAAGAAGGAAACUAUAAAGUUGGUGGAGGAUCGGACGGUGAAAGCUCACCAAGAAGCAGUGGUCAUGUAUCUGAUCUUUCCCCAACGGAAAGAAAGCUUUACAGUCCUGAAGCAAGUAGUGAUAAGGUUAACGAAUUGAACCUUAGCCCGCUUGAUCUAUCGUUAAAGGGCAAAGAUGAGAUUAUUGUUGAUGAUGACGGCGAUGGGCCUGAAGAAAAAUGCGCAGAUAAAGAAGACAAAAGUUGGACUGAUUCAGAGACUCGACCAGCAUCGGAGUCAACAAGUUGUUCGGAAGCUCCUGGUUUACGGGCAGAACCUGCAAAGGUCGACUUAACACCAUCUAGGAAUCCGUUUACGUCCAGCGCUUUUAUGCAAAUGCUUCGCAGACCCUUCCCACCAUAUCCAACAAUAUUACCACCCUCUCACAUUGUUCCGUUCACUCAGUCACAGCAUCCAACUUCUGGAGUAGCGUUACUACAGAAGAACAACAGAGACCGGUACACAUGCAAGUUUUGCACAAAAGUAUUUCCUCGUUCCGCAAACUUGACUCGACAUUUGCGAACACAUACUGGAGAACAGCCGUAUAAGUGCCAGUAUUGUGAACGUUCCUUCUCCAUUAGCUCUAAUCUCCAAAGGCAUGUUCGUAAUAUACACAACAAAGAAAAACCAUUCAGAUGCGAUAGAUGUGACCGUUGCUUUGGACAGCAAACAAACCUUGACAGACAUAUAAAGAAACAUCAAGCAACUGAAGGUACCACACAAUCUCCGGAAAUGAAUGCUAUUGAAAAAGCCCCAUCAUUAAUGCUGUCAUUUUCAGCGCAAAGUUUGUUGUCACAAAUUACACCGCAGUCAGAUCGAACAAUUUAA